AUGUCUCGCCUCGGAGAAUAUCCAUACAGCGAUCGGGAUCCGGAGUCAUCUUAUGCUGGCUCCAUCUAUGAUCACCAUGAUGACAAAGCCACCCCCAGUCCAGUCGAAGAAAGUAGCCACGACGAGUACACCCCCCCCAAGAAGAAUAGAACCUCCUCCACCCUCUACUCUACCCCCGAAAGUCGCUCGGAAAGAUUGAAGGCAAUCUCUAACAGAACACGCGAUGAAUUUCGGAAAAUGUGUAAAGAAAUUUACGGCGGUCCCGUCUGCCUCAUCACGCAGGUGAUGGACCAGGUCAGUACCGAAAUGGCGUAUGUCAUACCACGAGCAACCCAAUACAGUAUGGUAACGCUAUACGAAUAUUGCCUUGGCUUAGAGUACAAAAGUUGGCAUGUUGACACCAGGACAAACCUUUUUCCUCUCAGCCCCACUUGGCAUUCGCUUUUUGAUAAUAAACAAUGGCUUCUCCUGCCGGACGCAGCGACAAUGAGAGACGUCCAUAAUCGUGUCAAGGCAGUUAUCGAAUGGAGGAAAAGUCCCGACUCUAAACCGGGAUUCAUACCCCUCCGGUCACAGUGGCCAUCCAAUACCAAAACACGAUACAGUUUCAUAUCGAUAUCCUGCACAACCGUGCACUUCUCGCUCAAAAAGGAUGGAGACUUUGUUAUUUGUCAACAUCCUUUUUCCAACCUCCCGUUGCUCGAGUGUCACAUCCUCCCUCCAUAUGCGGUAAUAAAUGCAGCUCAGAAGUUGAGCAGAGAUCAGAUCGAUGGGAUCGUUCGUGACCUUCAUGCGGAACAGACAAAAGAGUUCGAGGAACUGAAACAGAGACUCACCCUUGUGUGUGAUACUUGGGACCUUUUCAUGGAUGCCGAAGACGCAGCGAAGGCUUGGGAGAAGUCAGCAGAGGGGGAGAAGUCAGAAGCAGUGGGUAAUAGGAAGAGAAAACAGAGCGACUCGGGUGAGGCACCAGACCAUCGCGAACGUGAACGAUCACCCAAUUCAAGCGGGGACAGUCUCACUGAGAAGUUUGUCUCACGCAUUAAGCGACGGAGGACGUACGACUGGAAGGCUAGCAUCAAACAAUGGAUCGCAGAGUCAACCCGGGCCUCGCCCUCAAUAGACCCGAACCUUCCGCUUGAUCUUGCUCUCGCUUAG